AAUUUAAUGAAUAUCGAAUCGAAUUGAAAUAAUAAAUUUAAAAAUAAAUGAAAAUUGUGCAUUUUGUAAUAAUUUCAAUCGUAUAUGCAUAUCUCAGAAUAACAAAAAUUAAUCUCAGUUACCAGUGGCGGAGCUAAAGGAACUAUUUUCAGAUAAGCAAAACGAAAAAUAUUUAAAAGUAGUACAUAAAAUUACUAUAUUCCUAUAAAAUUGGAAGUGUACAAAGUUGUUUUAAUUUAUUCAUGAUAAAUUUACAAAAAUAUCUUCUACAAUAAUUUAAUUCUUUUUUUAUUAAACUUGAGUACUCAAGUUUGAAAAGUAUUGAGCUCAAAUACAACGUACCGACAUACAGGAAACUACUAUUGAACAUUUAAAUUAAUAGGUAGGUAAAUCUAGGGACUAAAAGAUGGCGCGUUAAACUAAAGCGAUAAGUUGAUUACAAUAUGGCUGUAAAUACUUAGAAAGCGAAACUUUGAUAAUAUAAAAUGAUUUAAUAACCCCUUACGGUACCGCCACUGUAGCUAAUUGAGUAAUACGUAAGAUAUCAGAAAACGAAAGAUACGAAGAAGUUUUCGAAAUCAGUUUAACAAAAUAAAAUCGGGCGCAAACAUAUUUUUAAAAAAAGGUACUUGUGUGAGUAUGUACGACCGUAAAUUAGAACAAAGAGCGAGCGUUAGUAUAAUUGAAGAUCUUAAAACCGUUUCGUGGAAGGUGGAACCAUCAACAGCUGCAAAAAAUACCAGAAAUUUCAUCAGAGAAAUUGUAGAUAAUUUAGAUUUGAAGCCGAAUCCAGAUAAAUCCGUCAUCGCCUUAUCAAUAGGAGAUCCGACAAUUUACGGAAAUCUAAAAGCCGCAGCGGAAACAAUUGAAGCCGUCCGAGCGUCUCUGGAACAAGGUCUAUUUAACGGUUAUUUACCCAGCACGGGACAUCAAGAUGCAAAACAAGCCGUGGCUGAAUACCUAUCGCAUAACGGUUCCGAAAUAAAUGCCAACGACGUUAUUUUAUGCAGCGGAUGCUCUUCUUCGUUGGAGCACUGUAUUACAGUGUUGGCAGAUGGCGCUAAAAAUCACAACAUCCUCAUUCCGAGACCCGGUUUUCCAAUUUAUAGGACGUUAGCUGAACACAUCGGAGUGGAAGCAAGAUAUUAUAACCUCAUUCCCGAAAAUAAUUGGGAGGUGGAUCUACAUCAUUUGGAGUCUCAAAUCGACGGCAACACCGCUGCUAUCGUUCUCAAUAACCCGUCGAAUCCGUGCGGAUCGAAUUUUAGCGAGGAACAUCUUCGCAACGUACUAGAAAUAGCCUACAAUAACCGUAUACCGGUUAUCGCUGAUGAAAUUUAUGAAAAUAUCGUAUUUCCCGGUGAAAAAUUCGUAUCGACUGCUAGUUUAAAUUCUGGCGUACCGAUUCUAAUUUGCGGAGGGCUCGCCAAAAGAUUUUUGGUACCUGGAUGGAGAUUAGGUUGGAUUGUAGUUCACGACGAAUUCGGCGUAUUCGAUGAAGUACGAAAAUCGUUGAAUGCGUUAUCUCAAAGAACAAUUGGUAGUAAUACGUUGAUUCAAGGUGCCUUACCGGCCAUUUUGAAAAAUACUCCGAAAAGUUUUUACGAAUUCUUAAAUAACACUUUAGCUAGAAAUGCUCAAGUAGCUUUUGAAAAAAUACAAAACGCUAAAGGAUUGACACCGUUUAUGCCUCAAGGUACAAUGUAUAUGCUGGUGGAAAUACGGAUGGAAAAAUUCCCGAUGUUCGAGAACGGACUGGCUUUUGCACAGAAAAUGAUGGAAGAAGAAUCGGUAUUUUGUUUACCGGGCGAAUGUUUUGCUAUAUCUGGGUUUUUGAGAAUUGUGAUAACAGUUCCAGAAGAUGUGAUAAAUGAAGCUUGUUUACGGAUAUCCGAAUUCUGCAACAGAUAUUAUACUAUGUGAUUUUUUUUAAAUAAAUUCUUCAAUUAACACCACUAAGUUGAAUUUUGACAUGUUAAUUGACUAUCAGAAUACUAGUGAUAAGGUUAUAAAUUAUUAUAAAUAAUAAAUAUCAUAACAAAGCUAUGCUGACCUUUUUUCCUCUACUUUUAUCCAUAUUAUUACAUUCCAGAAAUUUUCUAGGGUUAAAAAAAAACAGCACCUGACAUGACAAAAGGAAAUUGACAGAUUAAUUGUGGAAAAAUGUCAAAAUUCAAAGUAGACAGUUAUUGAAUUUGAUUUCUGUA